UUAUGAUUCUAAAAUCUUUUCCGUGGGUAGAGAACGCAAUUUUUUUUUAAGUCUGUGAAUCAUAUUUUUUCCCAAGUUUAGGUUAUUUUUUAAAAUGCCAUCGCCUUUAAUUGAUAGAAUAUCAGUAGAACUUGGAGCACAAGAACCAUGGCCAAAAGAUGCAAAAUUAUUUCAGCCCUAUGAAGUGGAGCAAAUUCUUUUGCCCGACAACGCCAAUUGCCUCGCGGUCCAAGCUUUCUUGAAAAUGUGCAACUUAGACUUUCAAGUCGAACCCAGAGCAAACGCAGAAGCAAUGUCGCCAACUGGGAAAGUUCCAUUUAUAAAAGUUGGCCGGUUUGUCACUGCUGAGUUGGAAGGGGUUGUACAAUUCAUAAACGGUAAAGGUAUUUCGUUGACGGGAAAGCUUGAGGAUGACCAAAAGGCUGACAUGAGAGCUUAUAUGUCGCUAGUACGGAAUGUUAUCGAAGUUGCUGAGUUGUAUAUUUGUUGGGUUGAUAAGGAAACUUACAGUGAAGUGACCAGUGUGAGACACGGAUCUGUAUAUCCCUGGCCUUUGAACCACUUGCAGAAUUAUGAAAAACGGCGACAGGUGAUAAAAAAAUUAAAAGCAUUGGACUGGUACUAUAAAACGUUACCUGAAGUGCUUCAAGAAGUUGAGAUCUGUUGCGAAGCAUUAAGCGUGAGGCUCGACAACAAAUCAUAUUUCUUUGAUGAAGGCCCGACAGAGUUGGAUGCGCUUAUUUUUGGCCACCUUUUCACCAUAUUGACGACCCCCUUACCAAAAAACGACUUGGCCGAGAUUGUCCGCAGGCAUCCCUCCUUGAUUAGUCUAGUGCAAAAAGUGGAAAUUCAAUAUUUCAAAAAGGACUCCAAACUGGAAAAAUGAAAGACUAGGGGAGACCAAUAUAAACCGCAAUUGUUUGUAUAAAAUAUUUAUUGUUGAACGUUAAAAUUACAUGAAAAUGAGUUAUA